AUGCAAAAAGAUUUAGAAGAAGCUGUGGAUAGUGCGGAUAGUGUCAUUGAAAGUGCGCGGCAGAGGCCUCCUAAAAGUGAAGACCCACCUGGUGGGGAAAAAUCUCUCCAUGACAAACUGUAUGACCUAUAUGUUGAGGAAUGUGGAAAAGAGCCCGAGGUUACGGAGGAAUUAAUAAGCAAUGUGCACUUGUUAGAAAAGCUUCUUCAGAGGGAGGACUUGCCCCGUUUGGUGGUCAACCUGUACCCAGGGAAGGAGGGCUAUUCGCUGAUGCUCAAGGGUCCAAGUAAACCAUAUUCAGAGACCAUUCGACUGCCUUACGAAGAAAGGACAUUUCUUGAAUACCUGGAUGCAGAAGAAUUGCCUCCUGCAUUGGUGGAUCUUCUGGAAAAGUCCGAGCUGAACAUUUUUCACCGUGGGUGCGUCAUAGCAGAGGUGCGGGACUAUAGGCAGUGCGGUGGUGCGGAGCCCCCUGCCUACCAAAGCAGGCAUGUCCUCCUGCGGCCGACGAUGCAGACGUUAGCCUGCGACGUGCAGUCCAUAGCCAGCAAUCACCCGGAAUGGAGCCAGGAAGACAAACUUUUACUUGAGAGCGAGCUGAUCCUAGCCACCGCUGAACCCCUGUGCCUUGAUCCUUCUGUCUCAGUCGCCUGCACUGAAAACAGGCUGCUCUACAACCAGAAGAAGAUGAACACUCCCACGAUGAGAAGGAGCUUCAAGAGGUAUUCCACAGCCUCCCUGAAUCAGCAGCAGGAGCUGUCUUCUAGUCCGGCGCCUCACAAAAAAAGCAAAGAAAGUCAAGCAGCUCAGCAGGAUGACCUCAACAUUUCCAAAGCAGGAAAAUGUGUGGAUACGUGGAAACAGAGGCCCUGUGACUUGGCAGUCCCUUCUGAGGUGGAUGUAGAGAAAUAUGCUACAGUGGAGAGGUCUGUCAAAUACGAUGAGUCACCACUAACAGUCUGGCCAGCCUACCAGGUAAAAGAUGAUAGUUCUCCAUUUGGAUGUGAAGCUGGUGAUCAGUCCCAGAGAACAAAGCCGACCUUCAUGCGGUCUUUUGGUGAUCCACUUAUCUCUGGAGAAAGAAGUUCACCUAAAAAAGCCACAGGCGGGAAACAGAUGUCUCCCCACCAGUCCUCCACAGAUGACCUUUCCUAUAGUUUCCUGCCUGAGUCAAGCCUUGACACUGGCGAAGUGGAGAGUCUGUUUGAGGAAUUGGUGCCCGUGAGCGCUGAAUGUACCUUUGAGGUUGACUCAGUCCCUCUCAGCCAGGGCUCCAGCUGUUCAGCCCCUCUCAGCCAGCUUUCUCCGGAAAAAGAAGCAGGACAGCCUCUGGCCAUGUCAGCAUCAGUGCUGGGGGAGGGAGUCCAGCGCACCCCUCCACCCAUCAGCCUUCUCUCCAGCUCAGAAAACAGUUCCUUAGGUAAUACCAGUUUGACUUUCCAGCAGGCAAGCAGCUUUCAUAAGUUGACAUCUCAUGCCCCUGCUCUGAAGCCACUGAGUCUUCCUCAGAAACCCUUUUUGGAGGUGAAGUGUGUUAGCACACUUCCUGCAGCCACCCUGUCCAUUGCCAGCUCAUCAGAGACAACCCUGGCCAGCCAGUUCAAGGCCGACUCUGUUGGUCCCACCAUCAUCAGAGUGGCAGGCCCUGUUCCUGCAGCCCAGACUGUGCUGAGAGGUGCCAACCCUGCGAAGGGCUCUACUGCUAGGGCCAGGGCUCCUAUCUCAGGCCCGUAA